UCCAAGAUGUCGGCUACCUCCGUGUUCCCCAUGUGUGUGCGGGCGAGCCGGGGCCUCUUGCGGCUCCGCAGCGGGGCGGCGGGUGCCUCCACCCCGGCCGUGGCGGACAUCAUCCGGACGCUGUCCACGGACAAGCCGCCGGCCGCGUCGGGCAGUGCGACGGGCGGGCUGGCUCAGGCUAUCCUCCAGGAGAGACUCCAGCAGCAGCAGCAGAGUCAGGGCCAGCCUCCCCCUGAAGGAGGCGACGGCGAGAAGGAGGGCGAGCACACGGAGGACAAGAAACAGAAGGAGAACACAGCGUACGCCAAGAAGAUGGUUCUGAGGCUGGCCGGGCUGAUGGGCGUCGGCGGGGCGGUCGGCAUCGUCUACAUAUUCGGUACAAACUCAGUGGACGAACAGGGAAACAUGAUUCCAGACGAGUUCGACAGAGAGCCUCCAGUCGUCCAGCAGUUGAAGAGGACCUACAAGUACUUCCAGGACUACAGACAGAUGAUAAUCGAGCCGACGAGCCCGAAGCUGCUGCCCGACCCGCUGAAGGAGCCGUACUACCAGCCGCCCUACACGCUGGUGCUGGAGCUCACCGACGUCCUGCUGCACCCGGAGUGGUCGCUGUCGACGGGUUGGCGCUUCAAGAAGCGUCCGGGCAUCGACUACCUGUUCCAGCAGCUGGCGCCGCUCUACGAGAUCGUCAUCUUCACGGCCGAGACCGGCAUGACGGCGUAUCCUCUGAUCGACAGCAUCGACCCUCAGGGCUUCGUCAUGUACCGGCUCUUCAGAGACGCCACGCGCUACAUGGAGGGCCAUCACGUCAAGGACGUGUCGUGUCUGAACCGAGACACCAGCAAAGUGAUCGUAGUCGACUGCAAGCGGGAAGCGUUCAGCCUGCAGCCCUUCAACGGCAUGGCUCUGAAGAAAUGGGACGGCAACUCCGAGGACCGGACGCUCUACGACCUCGCCAACUUCCUCAAGACCAUCGCUCUGAGCGGCGUGGAGGACGUCCGCUCGGUUCUGGAGAACUACGCUCUGGAGGACGACCCCAUCGACGCCUUCAAGCGCCGACAGGCUCAGCUGGCGCAGGAGGAGGAGCAGCGCCUGGCCGAGCUGUCGCAGCAGAAGAAGCAGGGGCUCUCGCUCGGAUCCAUCACGUCGCGGUUCUGGCGCUCCAAGCAGCAGUGAGCCCCGCCCCCUCCCACACACUUCCACCAAUCGCAGCCCGGCUCUCCACCAGCGCCGGGGCGAGGGGAGGGGCCAGGCCCGGUCGCGUCUCGGCCG